UUCCCUUCACCCGUCCCUCCUUCUGGGUCUGGGACCGUCUGGUCAUCUGCUGCGGAGCGCCCCACCCCCCUCGCUCGUCUCCCUCCUCGCGCACGACUGGAUUCCAGUAGCGCAAGCGCCGCCGCCGGUUGAUCUCCCUUUCGAUUCUAUCGCUCCCGACCGUUUCUCCUCCCAUCACCCCAAGAAUUGAUUCUGCUCUGUAUCUCCCCGUAUUAUCUCCUUAAUCUCUCCUAAUUCGUGUCUGAGGCAAAAAUCAAGGUAGGGCGGCCGCCCUACCUUGCCCUACUGGGUCCUCCGAGCAUAAAUGCAGAGAUUGCUAGCGGUAUUACAUUAGUUUCCAUGUUUGAUCUAUCCUCGAAUUUAUCCCCUGUGCACUUAUCUUUUAGCUCCGUUCGAAUUCGUUAACAUGUCUUUCAAUUUAGGGGGAAGGUACAAAAUUGCAGAUCCAGCUAGGACAGAAUGUAUAGUCUUGAAUGAAUAAUUGUUGGUGCUUAUUCGUACGAAUUCCAUGUGUUAAGCUUUUCAGAAGUUCUCUCGUGCUUGAAUUUUGUAUCUUAUUCAGUCACCAAUAUUUGAAAUUUACAUCAGUUAUAUCCAUUUGUGCUACUAUAUGUGCAUUCAGUUUAUGGAACAGUUCUUUACUGAUUGCUAACUCUGCCAAAGCAAAAUUUAAGACUUCUACUUCCUCCGUCCAACAAAAGAUGUCUCAAGUUUGUCAAAAUUUGGAUGUACCUAGACAUGACUUAGUGCAUAGAUGCAUUCAAAUUUGGUCAAAGUUGAGACAUCCUUUGUUGGACGGAGGGAGUAGAUUAUUUUGGAAUGCUGACUUGUACUUAUUUCUUGAUUACGGUUUGUAUUGAAGGUGCACUUUCUGCUACUUUGAAAAUUGGUUCAGACCCUACAUGAAAAGAAAGUAUGGCAGCAGGAAGCAAGGCCGAGAGAAAAGCAGCAAUAGAUGCUGGAGCAUGGAUGUUCAAUGUUGUAACAUCAGUGGGUAUAAUCAUGGUCAACAAGGCCUUAAUGGCUACACAUGGUUUUAGUUUUGCUACUACAUUAACUGGGCUACAUUUUGCAACCACAACCUUGAUGACAUUAGUAAUGCAAUGGUUGGGAUAUAUUCAGCCCUCCUACUUACCAUUGCCAGAACUAGUAAAAUUUGUCUUCUUUGCAAACCUGUCAAUUGUUGGCAUGAAUGUUAGUUUGAUGUGGAACUCUGUUGGCUUCUAUCAGAUUGCCAAAUUGUGUAUCAUUCCAGUUUUGUGCUUUCUGGAAAUCUUGUUUGACAAAGUCCGUUAUUCAAGAGAUACAAAGCUCAGUAUAAUGCUUGUCCUAGUAGGCGUUGCUGUUUGUACUGUGACUGAUGUUAGUGUGAAUUCUCAAGGGUUGAUAGCUGCCAUAAUAGCUGUCUGGAGCACUGCAUUACAACAGCAUUAUGUUCAUCACCUUCAACGAAAGUACUCACUUGGCUCCUUUGAUCUCUUGGGUCACACUGCUCCUGCUCAGGCAGCAUCAUUGUUAAUACUGGGUCCUUUUGUGGACUUAUGGUUGACCAACAAAAGAGUCGAUACUUUUAAUUAUACGGUGGUAGUUACGUUCUUCAUUGUAUUGUCGUGCAUAAUUGCUGUUGGUACUAAUCUAAGCCAGUUCAUUUGCAUCGGAAGAUUCACAGCUGUCUCGUUUCAAGUUCUAGGCCACAUGAAGACUAUUCUUGUGUUGACCCUGGGUUUUUUCUUCUUUGGAAAAGAGGGCCUCAAUUUCCAUGUCGCACUUGGCAUGACCCUAGCAGUGAUUGCCAUGGUUUGGUACGGGAAUGCCUCGUCCAAACCAGGAGGCAAAGAGCGGCAGGUUUACAUAAUACCCAGCGAGAAGACACAGAAGCAUGGCAUACUGUCAUCACAAUCACAACUUGAUCAGAAAGUCUAAGGGUUGAGAUUAGGAAUGCGAAAUUAUUGAACUGUUCUAAGGGCUAGUUCUUAUUGAACAUCUUUCCACUCAUUUCUGAGAUGUUUCUGCAGACUAGGUCGUAGCAGGAAGAGAGUAUCUGGCAGAAUGACCUUGAAUAUACUUGUUUUGCGGCAAACAUCACAUUCCAUUAAUUUCUGAUAUGUUUCUAUAGGGUAGACCAAAGCAGAAAGAGGAGUAUCUGGGCAAAAAGACCUUGACUUUACUUUUUUUGUAUCGCAAAUAUCACAGCCACCAAGUGGGGUGAUUAUUUAAUUUGUAAUAUUUCAUUGGUAACUGUGAAUAGUAGAUCUUCACCUUGUUAUCGACUAUCGAGCAACACUGCGGUAACAUGGAGAAGUGGUGCCAUAGACUUAUUUUUUGUGGUGUAUGAUAAUCUUGUUUGUUGAGCUA